CUCAAUAUUGACAGAGGGGGGAGCGUCCUGUGGUCUGGGACUGCUGCAGCUUCCACAGCGGGCUGGUUUUCCCCAACAGUCCCUGCUUUGUGUUUCUACCCACAGCGCCUGCAGCCACACUGUAACUCCUCCAUGAGACUGAUUUUUGAUUUCUGACCCGACCCUCUGGACGAUGAAAUCGCUGUUGAGCGUUUGUCUCAUUGCAGCUCUGCUGCUGUGCCACGUCCUGUUCAGUCAAGCUUCGGAACGUGAGAAGAGAAAAGGUGAGGAAUUUCAAAGCAAUGGCAAGAGCACCAACAGCAACAUCAAGGGGAAGAGCAAUAACACAACAGCGCCCGAUGGGAGAUCUGAGGUCGUGUCUCCGGGGAGGAAGGUCAAGAAGACAGGAAAUCUGAGAAUCUCCAUGGGACCAGGAAGUGACAUCAGCUGCACCAGACUGGGAGGCGUCUGCCAACCGAAGCGAUAUAUCUGCCAGGGCCGAUACCUGGAAGACAAGUGUUCGGGGGCCAAGACGCGACAGUGUUGUACGCCAGUUGGAGCCUGGAGCGUCCUUUGUGCUGGUCACCACAACAACAGAGUGAGGGCGUGUGAUGUGCACGGUUGUGGAGCUUUCAACUCCCAAAGAGGUAAUGGCCUCCAUAAAGCAGUGGACCUGGUGUGCGAUGACUAUGGUCUUGUCAACGCUCCGUUCUCAGGCACUCUGGCGGGUCCAGUGACUCGGAAAGACGGAGCAGGGAGUCGGUAUGACGGAGUCAAAUUCCUCAGCGAUGCUCAGUGUGUGAAGAUCUUCAACAUUCGUCCUUACCGUUACCUGGGCCCAGUAGCUCAGGGACAAGCCUUGGGUUAUCUGCUCCCCCUGCAGGAACGCUUCUCCGGUAUCACCUCACACCUGGCGCUGCAAAUGUGUGAUGGCACUGACCCUUCACGUUUCAUAUGACCUCCGAAUUUCAUCUCUGAUGCAACUGGUGAGGCUUAACCUUUUGCAACACUUAACAUUUGAGCCGUUACCCUGUUAAAUUCAAAUACCAGAUGCCUCAUUAUGAUUAGGGCACACUUCUGUUAGUUCUUUUCUGAGUAAUGAAAACAAUUAUUUUCAUGUUAUAUUUAACUUCUAUCCUAUGAUACACAGGCGUCAAUUCUAACCACAGGUUGGUCUCUGUAAAGAAAGUUUUUUUAAAUGUCUCACAUUUUGUUUGUUUUUAAAUCUCACACGCUAGUCUUGGUCAACUUUGCUUUAUUGAUCCCUCAUCUGAAUUUCAUUUUUGUUAACCUUUUGGGGAAUUGUUUUCAUUUGUCACUCAACUUUUCUAAUAAAUAUGACUCAUACA